UAAUCUUUGACAGUACCUUCCUGCUGUCAACAACCUGUGUGUUGCUUGUGAGGGAGCGUUAGGAGCAGUUGACAGUUGCCGAAAAGUAACUGCUUGUUUGCGCAUUACGAGGUGUCUGACACUAGAAGAUGUCGAAUAUCCAGCCUGCAGCCUCUAGAUCUCCGUUACCUGAGGAGAUAGAACCAGACUUUCCAUGCCCACUGUGUGAUUAUGAGACAGCGUGGUUCUGCCAGUGUGAAUCCAUGAAGGGUGCUGCGCUGUCGCCGCAGCGCGACUCCAUGAAGGGUGCUGCGCUGUCGCCGCAGCGCGACUCCAUGAAGGGUGCUGCGCUGUCGCCGCAGCGCGACUCCAUGAAGGGUGCUGCGCUGUCGCCGCAGCGCGACUCCAUGAAGGGUGCUGCGCUGUCGCCGCAGCGCGACUCCAUGAAGGGUGCUGCGCUGUCGCCGCAGCGCGACUCCAUGAAGGGUGCUGCGCUGUCGCCGCAGCGCGACUCCAUGAAGGGUGCUGCGCUGUCGCCGCAGCGCGACUCCAUGAAGGGUGCUGCGCUGUCGCCGCAGCGCGACUCCAUGAAGGGUGCUGCGCUGUCGCCGCAGCGCGACUCCAUGAAGGGUGCUGCGCUGUCGCCGCAGCGCGACUCCAUGAAGGGUGCUGCGCUGUCGCCGCAGCGCGACUCCAUGAAGGGUGCUGCGCUGUCGCCGCAGCGCGACUCCAUGAAGGGUGCUGCGCUGUCGCCGCAGCGCGACUCCAUGAAGGGUGCUGCGCUGUCGCCGCAGCGCGACUCCAUGAAGGGUGCUGCGCUGUCGCCGCAGCGCGACUCCAUGAAGGGUGCUGCGCUGUCGCCGCAGCGCGACUCCAUGAAGGGUGCUGCGCUGUCGCCGCAGCGCAGCCCAACGAAAUAUCAGAGCAGCUUCAAACCAGCAUCACAUUCGUUGCAUUUACAGGUUCCAAAUCCGAGCCCACAGCGUCCACUGAUAACAAUCGAGAGCGAUUUGCUGGCUGCGGAGUACCAAGAGACGUCAAGCCAACAGUGCCGACCUCUGCUCUCCCCUAUCUGUCCGACCACGCCGAACACCCCUAUUUCGCCAAUUGCAAUGAUUCCGCCUCGUCGAUGGGUGUAACUUCUGCAGCACCUGCAGUUUUCUGGUGCGCCAGAAACACCACAGGCCGAGCAGCUGCAGGCGAUGCCGUUUCUCCUUCAUAUAGGGAAAUCAUCGCCCUGUAAUGGAACGUGUUCCAACCACUUCCUUUCCAGCUGCGGGGACAGCUACCAACGCUACGCAACGCGUACCUCUUGGACCUCUUGGACCAAUGUGGAACUACUGUACCAACCUAAUAAGAAGAAACAUCAAGAUCCGAAUAUUGGAUUCUCACGUGUGUUAGUGAACUGCAGUCCAGACUGCUUCUAGUACUGUUAAAACGGAAACUUUUUAGUGGUGAAUAUUGUCUAACAGUGAAAUUUUAUGAAAAAUUUUAUUUUGUUUUAUGUUUUGAAGCUAACUAAAAUAUGUACAACUAAGUAAUGUUUUAAAACAAUUCAAUGUAAUAUGAAUAUUUUCAUUAAGUAUAUUUUAUAAUUAUUUUCGUAAUAUUAAUUAAAUUAACCUAAAAUGUAUUUCGUUGCCUGCAAUGUAUUUUAUUAUAGUAACACGAAGUUCUUAGAACAGUAAAAUGCCUCGAAUUUUAA